CCUGCAUUCAACGUCGUCACAGUCAGAAAGCCAGAAAUUAAAGGCGGAACUUAAAUAAACCUGGACUUUCGGUUUUUGAGGAGAAAGUACGAUUUUACAACAAUGUUCAUACAUCUCCUUGGUCUCCUCACCCUGUCGUUUCUUCCCUGGUCGGUUCUCGGCUCCGAUGAUGAUAGAGACGCCCGGCUGUACAGAGUUGACAUCACCCUUCCGCCUAAAGAGGGGAGGGACGAGACGGCAGACAUAUUGCAGAUAAAUGCAACAGUGGAGGGUCUAACUGACAUUGAAGUUUUGUUUUCGUUUAAGGAAGUCGGGAACCCAAAGGUAUUGCUGGUUAUUGAUGUUGAGAAAGCGUGCAGCUGGCCACAGUUGACAAGCUUUCUGUCACGAAAGGGCUAUGAGGUGAAGACGACCCCAGUGUACCGCUGCAGUGACUACGCCCAGGAACUUGGGGUCAAUAUGUCCAGAGACAUAUAUGAUUCCUCUCUCAAGGAUGAUGAGGACUUACUUCUUGGCAGGCAGAUAUUUCAAGUCAAAGAUUUAACAACAGCUGAGUUCAACGAGAAGAUGAAACAGAUGUUUGUAAGGGAAAAGGGCAUCUUGGAAGCAGGUCAACGGGGGGCAUGUUUCAGAUCUCUAGCAAGCCUUCCAGUUGAGCUGAUACACUUCGGCCCAGUUAGUCCGAGCAGAAUGGACACGAUGGAGGAAACCUUACGUGGCCCUGAGACCUUUGACAUGGAAUUGAGUCGAAUGCAGAACCUGGCUCAUUACUCGCAAGGGUGCCAGAAAUAAGAUGUACCUUCCAACACAACCUUUUUUUUGUCAAAUUGACAGAAUAAGGAUAAAAUAUAAGGAUCCACUAAAACCGAUAGAUCUUGAAACCAGAUUAUUCAACAGAAAUACAUUUAAACCUGUACACAUAUUUAAUUGUAUGUAAUCAUCUUUGGCUGAA